GCAGGGCCCGGCGCGGCUCGAUCCUUGCUCCGCUCCCGGGAGGCAGAUUCUGCAGACCCCGGCGUCGCCCGGCGCUCGUAGUAGUUGUUGACUUCGUAGCCCGAAAUGCAUGGUCAUGGAGGCUACGACUCUGACUUCAGUGAUGAUGAACAUUGUGGAGAAUCUGGCAAAAAGAGAAAAAGGACUGUGGAAGAUGAUUUACUGCUCAAAAAGCCAUUUCAGAAAGAAAAACAUGGAAAAGUGGCCCAUAAACAAGUUGCAGCAGAACUGCUGGACAGGGAAGAAGCAAGAAAUAGAAGAUUUCAUCUCAUAGCUAUGGAUGCUUAUCAGAGACAUACAAAAUUUGUAAAUGACUAUAUUUUAUACUAUGGCGGCAAAAAAGACGACUUCAAGAGAUUAGGGGAAAAUGAUAAGACUGAUAUGGACGUUAUACGAGAAAAUCAUAGGUUUCUAUGGAAUGAGGAGGAUGAAGUGGAUAUGAAUUGGGAGAAGAGGCUUGCAAAGAAAUACUAUGAUAAAUUAUUCAAAGAAUACUGCAUAGCAGAUCUCAGUAGAUACAAAGAAAAUAAGUUUGGAUUUAGGUGGCGAAUAGAAAAAGAAGUAAUUUCAGGAAAAGGUCAGUUUUUCUGUGGAAAUAAAAGUUGUGAUAAAAAAGAAGGCUUGAAGAGUUGGGAAGUUAAUUUUGGUUAUAUUGAGCAAGGUGAAAAGAGAAAUGCACUCGUUAAAUUAAGAUUAUGCCAAGAAUGUUCCCAUAAAUUAAAUUUUCAUCACAGGAGAAAAGAAGUUAAGUCAAAGAAAAGAAAAGAUAAAACCAAAAAACGUGGUGAAGAAUCAUCACAUAAAAAAUCCAGAUUAUCUUCUACAGAAGAGCACUCCAAGAAGAAGGAUAAAGGACAUUCAUCCUCAAAGGAACCAGAAAGUUCUGUAAAUGGAAACUCAGAUGAGGAAGAAAGUACUUCAGAAUCUGAACUUUGGAAAGGCCCAUUACCAGAGACAGAUGAAAAAUCACAGGAAGAAGAAUUUGAUGACUAUUUUCAAGAUUUAUUUCUUUGAGAUGGAGAAAGAAACUACAUUCCUUGAUGUGAAAGUUCAUUUUGAAAUGCUUUACAAGUAUUUUCAUCUACAAGUUGCAUUUGAGUGGUUUGUUUUUAAAAUAAAAACCGAGUUA